AUGCAAUACAUCAAAUCCUGUGAGCUUUCCUUGUCUUUUUUCGGAUUUGAAGUAUCAUCUAGUUAUCAGGUUCAUCGUCAUGGCUACCUUCUGGCGCUCUCGCACUCUUUGCAAGGUCUCUUGUCAGCUGGAUACUCUUGUGACAAAGAAUUGCUGCAGCAGGCUAUCUCACUACCAUGGAAGUUAAGGGCAGAAAGCGAAAAGCUGAAGGUUUCUGGAGGAGAGUUGACUCGUCUUGCUCUGUCAGCUUUCAUUCGGUCUCUAUCGUCCGUCCCUGUGAAAUUGGGUAUAGACGAGAUUGAAAAGUGGCAAGAACGUUUGCUUGCCUUUGCAUGUGAUGAUACUGCAGCCGUGAGAUCUGUUGCCGCUUCAGCAGCCUCCAUCUUUUUCCCAGCAUAUUUCAAUGAAAACCUCGCAAACAUAGAAGCCACUGUGAAGGGCUUAACAUUGAAGAUUACAAAUGCACGCAAAGAAAAUGAACGCAUAGGUGCAUGCUCUUUGGUCGCUUGCCUUCCGUCUCAAUUUGUCGGCGAAGAAUCGCUUGCUGCAUUGUGUGAUGUGAUAAGAAAGUGAGA